AUGGGUUGCUGUGGUUGUGGAGGUUGCGGCGGCUGCAGUAGCUGUGGUGGCUGCGGAAGUUGUGGCGGCUGCUGCGGCGGCUGUGGUGACUGUGGAGGCUGUGGAGGCUGUAGCAGCUGCACCUCCUGCAGGUGCUACCGGGUCGGCUGCUGCGGUGGCUGCUGUGGUGGCUGCUGUGGCUGCUGUGGCUGUUGCAGGCCUGUGGUGGUCUGCUGCCGCCGCAGCUGCUGCCGCCGCUCCUGUGGCUGUGGCUCCUGUGGCUGUGGCUGUGGCUGUGGGAAGGGCUGUUGUCAGCAGAAAUGCUGCUGCCAGCAGAAGUGUGGCUGCAAGAAGCAGUGCUGCUGCUAAACAAAAGGAUGUUCAGGAGCUGUGCGAGUCCUCUGUCCCAUCGCUCCCUAUAGCUAAAGGCCUCUUACACCCCAUCCUGCCUGUCUCCGGCUGACUGUCACUCGUACUCUCUCACACUUUCUUCCUUGAUCUUUAAAGUAGUUGCAUGGACAACUCUCACAAGGUCCUCUGAGGCCUAACAUGGAAACUUCCUGAUUGUUCUCUGGUGUUAAAACUCUUGGCGAAUUGCUGAUUUGGGCUGCCCUGGGGCCUGGCCUAUGCCCCUGGGAUCAGGGUAAGUACUUCAGGCUCCUCCUGUCCGCCACUCCUGAUCAAUGCCCUGCUUAUGAGAUUGUUCUGGAACCUUGGCUUUCGUGCAAUCUUCUCUCCAAGGCCUCCCAGUUGAAAGCAGUCUAGAUUCCCGGUAGUUAAAAUGUGAGCACCUGAGCAGCCGUCGGUGCCUACAGAGUAGAUCAGUAGGAUCUCAGAUCACUGGGACCUCAGACCCACAGGCUAGUCUGCCUGUAUUUGAUUCCCAUCAUAUGUUCAAGUAGUUGUCCACCAAUGUCUCUCUUCCCUUUCUCUGUAAACUGGAUUCCUAGUGUCUCUUCUACUGCUACUAUAGCUGGGUUUUUGCCAUGUCCUUAAUGUCUAAUAAACUACAAAAAA